AUGAGAGAAGGAGAGAGCGGGAACGAGUGUUUGAGGGCGAAACACAGUGAGGAUGGCGGCCAUGCCGUCGGAAGAGAUAAGGGGGAGAGUGUGGGUGGGGGUGCAUCCGGUGCCAAGAAGGAUUUUUCACGAGAGGGUUUUUCAAAUCCUACAAAGAUCUCCUUUAGAGAUAAAGUCAUUGGUCCAGAGAAAUCGAAGGCGUUUGCACUUGCAGGAUCUCUAUCUGGGGAUAGUAUAGCCAUGGUGGUGGGCAAGCAGGGCGAUUCCCAACCUCCAUGUGUAAACUUCACUGAAGAAGCCAAGCUUUGUUUGGCAGAGCCUUAUCGAAACGCUUUAGUGAUCAAGGUUCUUGAUAAAAAUUAUAGUUACACAGCUCUUUCACACAAGUUUCGGAUGGUUUGGCGCAUCAAAGGUGGCUUUGAUCUGCUUGAUGUGGGGUUUGGGUACUUCAUGGUAAAAUUCGAUGCAUGUAAAGAUCGUGAGAAGGUCAUGCUUGGUGGCCCGUGGUUGAUUGAGGGGCACUAUGUUACUGUAAAACCGUGGGAUAUAGAUUUUCGGCCACGUAAGCAAUCCUUCGGGUCUACGCUUGUAUGGGUUCGGAUUUCGGGGCUCCCAAUCUGGUGCUAUCAGGAACAGGCCAUGAUGCGUAUUGCUUCUGCAAUAGGAGUUCCCAUCAAAGUGGACUUAGCCACUAAAUUGGCUGAGAGAGGACGAUAUGCCCGAGUAUGUGUUCAAAUAAAUUUAGGACUACCAGUGAUCAAGCAUAUCAUUGUGGAAGGCGUAACUCAUGUAGUGGAGUAUGAAAGUUUAAAUUUAAUUUGUAACUCUUGUGCACGUUAUGGUCACGAUAUGGCACAGUGCUUGGGUAGAGACUCUAGGGAAGGAAAGAGUGUUGAUUCCGAUGCCACCAAGCCACGGGACGGUACAAAGGCAAUGCCACAUCCUGAGACCAAAAUUCACAAUUCAAAUGAAGUAGAACCUAAUGUGGUAGGUGGUGUUACUGGCGAGAAUCCUGCAUCGAAUUUGCAAGAUGAUUUGAAGGCUAAUAAUUUGGAAGGAAAUAAUGUUGAGGAGGCUUGCAUGCAUGAUGAACCAGGCUGGGAGCAAGUUGUGAGGAAAGGUAAAACCAAGCUGGGUCAGAAGCAAUCUAACAAGGUUCAAAGAGGCAUUCAAUCUAGAACCGAUUCAGGUAGAGUAAUCAGGCGCACCAUUCACUUCUCUCACACGAAUGGAUCCAGCUCCUAUCGCGCUAGGGUCGGGUCUCGAGUCAAGGUCGGACACAGCACUUCCCGUGUUGGUGAGACGUCGAUCUCCUCAACCCCACACACCCCAGUGCCUUGCGGGUCCUCUCUCCGGAAACGACCAAGGCCGAGGUCCCUACAGAGCUCGCCAGUUGAGAAGAAUGGAGGCACGGUGGUGGAAGCAUCGUUAUGUCUUCCUGCAACCGUGAAGGAGGGUGUUACCGUGGCGGUUCCAUUGGAGAAGGAAGGCGCAUUGCCGGCUGUUACUGCGUCGGUAGGCGGGAUUAAGGAGAUAUUCCAUGGAGAUCCGGCAAACCUGAAGGUCACGGGAGUCACUUCCGCUGGGCAAGCCUCGUGGAGGCGUCAGGACAUAAGGGGGGUAUCUGGUUCCUUUCUGCAAUACAGGGUGUUCACUGCAAAUGGGUUGAUGCUUUCGAUCAGUGUAUUACAGUUGAGGUUCAGUCUUCGUCUUUCUGCGGGCCAUGGAUUGUUCUUGGUGAUUUUAAUGAAGUACCAUUCUCUCAUGAAUCUAAGGGUUGCCUCUUCUCGAGUCGUCAUGCAGAUCAGGCUUGCUGCCUCUCUAGGGGAUAGUAAUCUGUUUGACUUGAAGACUAUUGGAAGACAGUUUUCUUGGUACAGAAGGGUUAAAAAUAGUGUUGAGGUGGCGAAAAAACUUGACCGGGUUUGUAUCAACAGUGGCUGGCUAUCUCUCUUUCCAGAGGCUUACGCAGAAAUUUUAAAUAGGUUUCAGUCUGAUCAUUGUCCUAUCCUAGUACGAUGUACAGGUCGUCCCCAACCGAAAAAGAAUAGACCUUUUCGGUUUAUUGCAGCUUGGGCAACUCAUCCGGGGUACAGAGAUAUUGUGAACCAGUCAUGGCAGGCUGGCUACAGAGAGAUGCAUGGCAAGCUUUCAGAAGUGCAAAAGAACUCUUUGGAGUUUAAUUCUAAAGUGUUCGGCAACAUUUUCGUUAGGAAAUGCAAAUUGGAGAGACAGAUUAAUUUCCUUCAGAAGCGACUUGACGUAAUGGAAGAUUUGUCUAUGCGGCAAAAAGAAAAACAGCUGAUUGAGGAAUUUAAUAACACGUUUGUGCAGGAGGAACCUCUAUGCCUCACAGCACCAGUUACUCUGAAAGAAGUUAAGUCGGCUGUUUUCAGUAUGCAUUCUUUUAAGGCGACGGGCCCUGAUGGGUUUCAGGCUUUCUUCUUUAAAGAAUACUGGAAGAUUGGUUUUGAUGUUUGGACUAUGGUUCGUCAUGCGUUCUCUGGUUUGGAUAUGGAUCCAAGGAUGAUGGAAAAUCUUGUGGUUCUUAUUCUGAAGGUAGAAAACCCAGUUUCCAUGAAGGAUUUUUGA